CACCGUCGCCGUCACCGUCGCCGUCACCGAAAGGUAUAAAAAUGUAAAAACCGAGACUCUUGGGCCGAUUAACCAACAAAAAUAACGGGGGUGGAAAAUGUGAUUACAUGUCAUACCUAAGAAACUUACAGUGGUAGUGGCCGCAGCUGAUCUCCCGUCCCCUUGAACCCUUUCCUGCUUCUCCCAAAACCCUCCCGACCCCCCAACGCUCUCGUUUCGGCGUCUCACAAAAAUGGUGAGCAAGAGACAGAGAGAAGCUCGCAGGAAAUUCAGAGCAGAACACCCAGAACUGGCUAAACAGCCAACCCCCCCAAAAGACCCAACCAAGAAGAAGGAGAAGAAGAGCUCCUUCAAGCGCAAAAAGGCACCCAGCGACCCAGCCAAACCCAGCAAAAACCCCCAUAGAAAACACCCCCUCAGAGUACCCGGCAUGAAGCCUGGAGAUAGCUGCUUCAUCUGUAAAUCCACCGAGCAUAUCGCCAAGCUCUGCCCCGAGAAAGUUCAAUGGGACAAGCACAAGAUAUGUUUAUAUUGUCGCCAACGAGGGCAUAGCAUCAAGAAUUGCCUUAACAAGAAAGACGAUUCCGUGGCUGAGAAGUUAUGUUAUAAUUGUGGGGAAAAUGGGCAUUCGCUUUCUAACUGCCCCUAUCCUCUUGAAGACGGAGGAACUAAAUUUGCCAAGUGCUUCAUCUGUAAUGGGACUGGUCACUUGAGCAAGAACUGCCCUCAAAAUACUCAUGGGAUUUAUCCAAAGGGUGGUAGUUGCAAAAUUUGUGGAGGUGUAACACAUUUGGCGAAGGAUUGUCCAAACAAAAGCAGCAGUUCAAUGUCCGCUGGUAGAUCUCCUCACUCGUGGAAAGAAAGUGAUCUUCCAAGAGGAAAGGUUACCAAAUUUCUGAGUGGAGACGAUCUUGAGGAUGAUUUCAGUUUCAUAGAUGAGAAGAAAAAUGGCGUUACACAAGACAAGUCCGCUGAUACAGCGUCCGGCAUGGCCGUGAAUGAUGAAUGCAAGCUCAAGUUCGUGGAGCUAAAAGCGAAGAGAAACUAUCGAUUCAUCGUAUUCAAGAUUGACAAACAAGAAGUGGUGGUAGAGAAAGUUGGCAGCCCGGAUGAAACUUACGAGGAUUUCGCGGCGUCGCUGCCUGCUGAUGAGUGCCGCUAUGCUGUCUUUGAUUUUGAUUUCACCACUGCUGAGAACUGCCAGAAAAGCAAGAUUUUCUUCAUUGCAUGGUCUCCUGAGACAUCGAAGGUGAGAAUGAAGAUGGUGUAUGCAAGCUCUAAAGAUCGGUUCAAGAGGGAACUUGACGGCAUUCAGGUCGAGUUGCAGGCAACUGAUCCGAGCGAAAUGAGCCUCGACAUUAUUAAAGGCCGAGCUCUUUAAGUUUAAGCAGCAGAUCUUCGACCCUUCCUUGACAAUUACAUUUGUCUAUUUUUCUGAGAUGACAUUUUGUGUUUAUAAUAUUUUCUUCUUUUUUCUUUGUUGUAUGGGUUCAAUACCAACCAUGUAGUUUAAUGUAAUAUUAUGAAUUCUUUUAUCGAUUUGCAACUUCUUACA